AUACACUCAGCCAGCACCUGACUGGCUGUUUUAAGCCAUGUUUUCAGUAUUUUAACAGAUUAAGUUGGUUAGAAAUCCACUAGUGAAGAAGAAGAAGUGCCUCAAUCUGCGUGUAAAAGUGUCUGUCUGGUCAUAUGAAUAUGAGGGAAGAAGCCUGGGGCGCCAUGACUCGGAAAAAUCCCCACAAUACCGGAGGAAUGGCGCCGCACACACAGCUCUUCCAUAAUCGUCGCUGAAGUAUAAAGGAUUCACAUCGAUUUCAUCACCAUGGCAGCCAAGUCAUCUCUACUAAAGGUGAUCCUGCUUGGGGAUGGCGGCGUGGGCAAGUCGUCCCUCAUGAAUCGCUACGUUUCGGACAAGUUUGACGCGCACCUCUUCCACACCAUCGGCGUCGAAUUCCUCAACAAAGAGCUGGAGGUGGAUGGGCGCCGGGUGACCCUGCAGAUUUGGGACACUGCCGGUCAGGAGCGUUUCCGAAGCCUGCGCACGCCAUUCUACCGCGGCUCUGACUGCUGCCUUCUCACGUUCGGCGUGGAUGACGCACAAAGCUUCCUCAAUCUCGGGCACUGGAGGAAAGAGUUUGCAUACUACGCUGACGUGAAGGAGCCUGACAGCUUCCCUUUCAUCAUUCUAGGCAAUAAAAUCGAUGUUGUGGAGCGGCAGGUGACCACAGAAGAGGUGCAGCGUUGGUGUUGUGAUAAUGGCGGCCACCCGUAUUUUGAAACUAGUGCCAAGGACGCAACAAACGUCGCCGAGGCUUUUGAAGAGGCUGCAAGGCGUGUGUUGGCACUGGAGGAUCGUCAAGCACAUGUCAUGCCCUCAGACGUUGUGGAUUUGCGCAGGAAGCCACGCUCUAGCAGUCGCUGUUGUUUGUAACAGCUGGAGGUUUUGGCGAAGUCAGUCACACCAUUUAAAACUGUCUAAUGGACUUUUAAGGACUUACUAGGGCUGUAAAAUUGCUCUACUGAGUCUCUGAAGGUUUUUAGUCAUCCAGGGUAUAUUGAGUGUCUAAGUAGUAAGUCAUCGAAACUGGACUUGAGUUAUAAUCGUUAAAAAUAUUGCUCCACAUGUUGGUUUUUGCGCGACGUUCAGCAUUAUUACACAAAAGGCUUUGACUAACUGUGAUAACACAUUCAAUAUGACCCAGAUUUCCACAAACCUUCAGAGUCUUUUGGAGCUUCUACAAAGCAGGUGGCACUAAUGUGCAAGAAUCUGUAGCUCCAAAAAACAAGUCCUGCAGUUCUUUUGUUUUUUUUCUCAUUUGAGGCCUUUUCCAGGCCAGUGAAAAGUCUAGCACUCACUAGGGAACAGAGUUUAAUGUACACCAAACCAGUCCAAAGUUUUGACUACACUGAAUUGAAACUAAAUUUUGAAACUAUUAAAUGUCUCCCUAACCACUUACACUCUCAUCAUGUGAUGUGUUUUUAUUUAAUCGGGUUCCUUGAAAGGAUAUUUGCAAAUGUUAUAAGUAAACGCACUGAGAUGGAUGUUCAUGUUUAAGUGCAUGCUGAUUUUAAUAGUCUUGGGAAAACCCACUGGCCAUGUGAAUGGCUAUUUCAGAAUGCUAAAAGAAUUUGAGGAUGUUUUCAGGUUCAACAUGUUGAUAUAAAUACGAUUAUGUGGGUGGAAAAGGUUUCCCGGAUGUGUACUAAAAACAUUUUGACUAAACAUAUCAUUUGAGCACUAUAUUUGUUUCUCCACAGUGCCUGUACUCCUCCAAUGGACAAGCAUUGCUUUGGGCAGCUUUAAGAGACACUAGAAAGAACACUAGUGGCAAAUGAAAUACUCCUGGUCAUUGUUUUAAACAUCAUCUACCUGGUGUGACUUCAUUACACAAAUAAACAGUCUGACAAACUCUAACACAUCAUAAUAACUGCCUAGCUGCAGUGAUGUGUCAGACCUUCACUUAAGAGCUCAUACUGUGUACGUGUAGGACUUUAUCUUUCAUUCAGUAGGACCAGGAUGUAGCUCUUACUUUGUAUCACAUAAUCCCAUGACAAACUUUUUAAUGAACAUUAAAUCAAAACUUGCUUCAGAACCUUUUUUUAUGUUUUCAACCAUUUUAUUUUAACUCCACAUUAGGAAAGCCUUUCCUUAUUUCCAUUUAGAAUGUAACACAAUUUUUACUAUCAUGAACCUUACUAAGUGUUUGUCCUAAUGAAACAGAAAUCACUUUUAUUUUAACUGUUUUUCGAGUUAAUUUUUUUUUUUUAAGCCAUUUUUCGAGUUUAAUUUAUUGCAAAUUUGGUGUGAUUUGUUUUUGGGGUUUUUUCUCUUAGCUUCAUAACUAAGAAUAUUUUGUAUAUUUUUUUUCUGAAUUAAUAUCUAAUGUGUUUUCUCUGUAAUUUCUCGUCUCUGUCAAUUUGUUGCAAAUAAAUAAGGGGGUUGGAAAAUGGGUGGUUUCAAAAAUCAAGCUAUUCAUAAAUGUGCAGUCUUCUCCUACAAGUCAUUUGUACCAUCAUCAACCCUGCAAAAGCUAAUGUACUGAAACUCUAAUUUAAGCCGUAAUGAAAGACAGUCCUUUAAUUCUUGUAUAAAUUCAAUUACAAUACAAGUGCUAUCUUUUUUUUUUUUUUGUGAAUUUGUGAUCUUGCUUCAUUUUUGCUGUCACCAUGAGGAUGAUUACCUGCCAGUUCCUUACUAUGUAUUACCAAUACGUGAAGUAUUUUUAUACAGUAAGUUGCGAUUAUGUAAGAUAGUGAUAAUAUAAAUAACAAAAGACUAACAAAGGCAACUUUUUUUGAUGUUAAUAAGAAAAUGCGUCUUUUAUCCUGAAGGCUAUUCUGUGGAACAAUGGAUAAAGAUUCAGCUGUUACAAAUCACUGAAACUGGAGACUCCUUCCAACACUGUUUAAUAAACAUCUCCAUACAGAAAGCU